UACCGGGACUACAGCUCCCGGCGUGCCGCGGCGGCGGGGCGGGCGCACCCAGGAGCCCGCCGGGAGUGCAGCCGGGGCGGCGGGGUGCGCGACGGAGAAAGCCCCGGCCCCGCCGAGCCGAGCCGAGCCGGGCCGGGCCGGGCCGAGCAGCGUUUCAGGCGCGCACGUCGGACACGAGAGCCAACAUGAACGUGGGAACAGCACACAGCGAGGUGAAUCCCAACACCCGCGUCAUGAACAGCCGGGGCAUCUGGUUGUCCUACGUCCUCGGAAUUGGCCUGCUGCAUGUCGUACUCCUGAGCAUCCCCUUCUUCAGCGUGCCUGUGGUUUGGACUCUUACCAACAUCAUUCACAACAUGAGCAUGUACAUCUUCCUGCACACCGUGAAAGGAACUCCUUUUGAGACUCCAGACCAGGGGAAGGCUCGGCUGCUCACGCACUGGGAGCAGAUGGACUACGGCGUGCAGUUCACGGCGUCCCGCAAGUUCCUGACCAUCAUGCCCAUUGUGCUGUAUUUUCUAACCAGCUUUUACACCAAGUAUGACCGGAUACACUUCAUAAUCAACACCAUCUCCCUUAUGAGCGUCCUGAUCCCCAAACUGCCUCAGUUUCAUGGAGUUCGGAUCUUUGGGAUCAACAAGUACUGAACUGUGUGGCUGGUGCAAAUGGAAGAGGAGCAGGGGAGAGGGGGAAGCUCCUUCUCUCCAGUCCUGUUUCUUCACCCCCACGCACAUUGGGAUGUAACUUCACAGCCGCUGUUCAAAUGCAGUAGCCAAUAGACAUAUACCGCAUGCUGGAUCCUCAUGCCCAAUAAAUCUAAACAAGCUCCAGAGUAGAAUUUAGUGCGGAACAGGACGCAGGACACUGGAUUUCUUUUAUUCCAGCGUCAUAAAUAGAGGCAGAUACACUGAGACUUCGAGGUACAACAAGGAUGAAUUCUGGGGAGAUUUUCAUCUAUCCCAGACAUCGGACGAAGAGAAUAGGGAUGAGGGAAAAAGCUUCUAGUGCUGGUACUAUUGCUGUGGUAAAUGCACUUUAAAAUAUAUUUCCCGUUCUGAAGCUAGGUGCUUUAAGCGAUAUGUGGGGGGAAAUUCAAAGGGAUACAGCCAGACUUUCCCAAUACUUGAUUUUUUUUUUUUCCGAGGUUUGAGUUCCAUUUUUGGGUGGGGAAGUGGGAGGGGGCAAGAGAAUGACAGAUUUUUAUUUUGCAACCUUGUACACCACUGAGAAAGUUUUUACUAAAUACAGUACAGGAAGGAAUAACCUGCAACAUGACAAAGCUUUCAUUUUUCUACGGUACCAUUCAUGUGGUUCAGGGAAAAAGUCGAUUAGAUCCUAAAUCAUACCCACCAUCUUUAGUUUAUACCAGAAUCUGAGUAACUACUCCCCACCCCAAACUGCUAAUUUUUAAGCGCACCCUGAGCACUCAGGCAGUACAGCAUUUGGAUUAAGGGCUGGAGAGCAGGUCAUUUUAAUGCUCGACAAGUGUCACUGAGCUACUUGGUACACAGAGACCCCACAAGCAGGGGAGCAGCUGAAGACCGCUAGGUAUAGGCCAAACGAGGCGGAUGGCUGCUUGCUCUAAUCAAUUAGUGAUUGUAACUGGAAUUUUUCUCUGCAGUCCAGGCUUCUUGGUUGCUUAAGUCCGUGUCAGUGUUACUGGGAUUUGCCAGUUCUCCAGUUAACCAUGGACUUAACUCAGUAUUUGACUUCAGGCAAGCGAGAGUUUGAUUUCUGGCUUACCUGGAAGCCUGUCACUCGGCUCCAUGCACAAGCGCUGCAGCAGCAUCCCCCGAGCCCUCAGGUGAUCGCUGGCAAGGGCAAGGGAGCUGCAGGAGAACAAUGCUAAUGAGCAGCAUCAGCAGCAGACUGAAUUGACCAACAGAAGGAUGCAAUGGGUCACCAAUAAUAGAUUUAGUAUAGGAACAAAAUUGAGCUUCCCCUCCCCCCCAAAAAAAAAUUACCAGCUAAAUAAAGUAGGUUUGCAGGUUUAGAUUUCCUGGCUGAGAUUGCUUUCUGCUGUUCAGAAUAAUCAGUUUUUCUUUUGGGUUGUGCACCGAAUGAAAUGUGUUUUUCCUUAUGCUUCCCCUGUAAACUCAUGAAAGCCUGUAUUUUUGUUGUCUUAGUGCUUAUAUUGUCUCCCACUUUUGACAAUGGUAUAAACAUUUUAAAUAUGCUAUUUUUGUUCCUGCAUUAGCCAGUUUUAGCUUUAGAGGUCAUACGGGGUAUGGCAGAGUUGUUUGAUGGUCUAAGCAUAGGACAGGGAGAGGGGAACUUCAGGUGUGCAUGUAAGGUCUAGUACUACUCCGUGCAUAAUUUUAGGCAAGCUGUUUUACUUCUCUAUCUCAGACUUGCUAUAAGACUGCUGCAGAGAAGGGAAAAACAUUCAGCAUACCUCAGAGGGCUGCUGGAAUGCCUAGAGAAUCAUUACCUAAUGUGUUUGAAAAGUGGGAAUAUUUUAAGUGAAAAGAAAGUUUUCAGGAAGGUAGAAAGAGAAGAGUCUGGCUUGACACCCGAGUGCUGUUCUCCAGCGAGGGAGUUUUGACAGAUGUGCAAUUUACUUGAUGGGUAGAUUAAACCUUUUAACCACCACGACAUAAGGACUGCUGCUUUAGUUAAGGUACUAUACACCCUAAAGCUAAGAUACUCUUUAUGCUACUAGACAAUUACUUCUGGAAAAAAAAAAAAGAUAUUGUUUUCAAAAUAGAGAUCUCAUCAAUCAGCUAUGUACCUUUGAAAUGACUGAGAAAUCAACAGUAGCGAUGCCCAGCACACUUUUGGAAAGGCCGCUGCCCUCACAAGCGCAGCAUCUGUCCUCAGCAGGAUGGCCAAGGCUGUAGCGCAGACUGUAUGUUGCUUAAACAGAUCCGAACGUCUGCUCACAGACACAACUUACAUGCCAAUGGUAAAUCUCCAGAGUAAAGCAAGCAAUUUAUUGUGGUAGAAAAGGGGGAAAACCAGCAACUUUUAUGCAACAGAAACAGUUGCUCUAUGCUUAAAAACAUGACUCCUAUAUAAACAGACAAAUGCUGAUUAUUUCUAAGUAAUACACAUUACACAAGGUCUCAGCAGUUCUGCUAUUUUUAGCGUAGGUAUAAAUUGACGGUAAGAGUCAGCUUUUCUCAAUGAAGCACAGUUUCCGUGGAGGCCUCAGCAUUACAACAGCUGAAGGUAUGAACAUAUUAUUUGUGCUGUUAACUGAAACUAUGGACAUUGAUUCUGUUUUGUUCAGUUACAAGAAUCAACUGUAAAACAGAACGGGAUUAUAAACUUCUCAAAAGGGCAGUUUUUAAAGACUGAAGUCUAAAACUUGUUAGGCAAAGCUUUAAUUAUAAUAGUAAGCUUUUCUGAUUUACCUUGUUCAGACAAAUGAUUAAAAUAGCCAUUGCACAGAUACGUGUUACAUGGCAAAUGACAUUCUUUACAACACAGGGAUAGCAUUUUUGCUACAGAAUAACUGGAGUUAGCUUGGACUCAGCAAAGUUAAUCCAGUCAAGGGAAACUGAAAUGAAAACGAGAGAGAAAUAUGGGAAGUAGUGAGAGUGGAAAGAUUUCAUGUUAAUCUUGUGGUGCGUUAAGCAUCUACAUAAAAUUAACAGUUACUUGAAAAAUUAUACGUCUUAUAGGAUCUUCCUUAAGAUCCUGUCCUAAGGGCAGGUGUCAGAAUUAAUCAAAAAUAGAAAAGAAACCAUAAGUUAAUUGUAAUUAAACUGCAGUCACAAUUGCUACUAAAUGGACCCAAGGUAGUUUUAAGUGACACAGUUCUGGCUAUUUUUUUUAUAUUUACAUAUAUAUAUAUACACACACACACACAUACAUAUAUAUGCUCAAGCCACCCUCUCAUGCCAGCUGUGUGGCUCCUUCCUGUCAGUGUCACAGGAGCAAGCAGUUUCCACUGGGAAACCACCACUGCGGUGGCAUGGAAGUAACAGCCACAGUUCUGGGUCUUCUGGAACUCUGUACCAAAACCACUGCUGGAUUAUGCAUGUUUGUUAAAUUAAUGUAGAAGCAAGUUCAGCACUCAAAAGGCUAAUCUUGCACACACCCAAGCUAAAGAGCAUAGUCCAAACACUAACACUCUCACAGGAUAACUAAUUUCUGAGGAAAGGGAGAUGGGGACAGUGUGGGCAGGAUGAGGAACUUUCAGACAUGAACUUGCAGCCGAUACAGCAGUGAUCCGAGGGUGAAGCCUACCUUUUGCAUGGAGAACCGGAAUGUCAGUGCAAAAGUGUCCACUCAUUCUUUCAGACGGUAGAAUUUUCCAAGUACCUGCAUGAAGGAGAAAACUGGUUGUUACUGAUUUUGAAAGGGGUUUUGACAACAUCACGCUUUACAGAUCUUUCUCUCAAACUUGUACUGGCACCUUGUACAGUGACUAGUGCAAAUGUCAGCUGGAGAAUUAAAAAGUGGGCUGCACCCUGUUACUGAGAAACAAUUACUAUGUAGGUACUUAAAAUGCUUUUCUUUUUUGUUCUGCAAUGAAUGCCAAAAGACAAAAGCUUUGGAAAACCACCACUUGAACCCUGAACUGUUAAUGGGGAUUGGCAGAAACUGUCCUCUGCCCAAUCUCGUCCUGGGCAAAGCCUCUUCUAAACCACUGUCAAGAUCAUGCACGUACUCACACAGUAUGGCAGUCACACCAGGAAGUCAGAAAACAAUCAGGUACUAACCGCUCUGUUCUUCUGAAUUAGGGAUCCUGUCUUGUGAUUCAUUUAAGACAGCUAACAGGAUGUUAAACAGCCCAACCCUUAGCUGGAAAAAGUGUUUAAAAAAUAAAAAGCCUGAGAUCUGGGGCUACUUAAUUCCUGAGUAUUUUUUUUAAUUGUUUGUUUGUUUUAAUAGAAGCAUGGUACUGGCCCUUGAAACGGGGACAGCAGCUGGUUACCAUUGUCAGCACAUUAAUAUUUCUCAUUGUGAGUUACACUGCUUUAUCAUUGCCUAUAUUUUAAGCAUGCAAGUGUUUGUGUAUACGUAUCUUCCUUGGAUCAGUUUAAGCAAGCUGAAUUAGUUGGACUUUUUUAAUGAAACAUUCUGACACUGUACAAAGUUUUAGGGUUUUUUUCCAGUAGCCCUUCUUUUUGCUGUGUAUACAGAAGUCUCAUGUAGAGAACUUUCUAAAAUAAAGUGUGAAUAUUUUUAUUACUCCUUUGUACAGUAUUCUAAGAGAAACUAAUAAAGUAAGUAUUCAUGUAAAAA